CUAACGGACGAUUUUGCCCCCAAUUAAAAACAUCGAUCUCGUAAUCGCCCUAGUCCCUAAACUGACAAGCCCCCGCCUCCCUCUGCUCAUGCUCGCCUCCCCGUGCGCCGGCGCCGCCGUCUCCCUCUGCUCCUGCUCCCCUCCCCACGAUCGGCCCCGCAGCCCUCUGCUUCCUUCGUCUGGCCAGCCAGACGACCGUCGCCGCUCUACUUCGCCCGCUGCUUCUUCUCUGGUUAGAGACGUGGUUUCGACCUGUGUCCAGCUCGUCGACGACGGGUUUUCAACCCGCCUCGUUGCCGAAUUGAGCGGGUGGGGAUGACGUCCAUAGCCGGGGGAGCAGUGGUGGAGCACGUCCGGACACGACCUAGUCGGGUUUCUGCCUGGCUACGAUCUGAAUCAGGUUGCCGCCGACGAGAAAGACUGGGCAUGUGUACAUCGUUCUCCUUCCCCGUUAAGCUCAGUAGCACCAACGGCGGCGGGGGAACAUCGUCGGCAAUGUAAAGGGUUUGGGGUUGGCGGUGAUUUGUUGAUUUGGGGAUUUAGGUUAGAAUUGGGCUACGGGCAAAGGUGUCAGUUUUUCAAAUUUAGGGCAAAUUUUUUAAAUAUUUAGGGCUGUAAAUAUUAACUCCCAAAAAAAAUGCCCCCUCUCUCAAUCCCUGAAUAUUUGUCCAUUAAAGUAGGACUUUCUUA